CGCCCUGACAGCCACCCCGGGCUCUGGAAGAGGCAGAGUACCCUUCUUGAAACCUCCACUAACCCUCCAGGAAGUGAAACUGUCUCUCAUAAACCAGAAGAACUGCAAGCGGAUCUACAACAACUUUAAAGUUAUUGGCCUUGCAAAGGAUGCUAUCAAGGAUGAUAUGAUUUGCGCAGGUUAUCCAAACAGUAGAAAGCUUUCCUGCCAUUGUGACUCAGGAGGCCCCUUGGCAUGCCUAGUCGAAGGAAGAUGGACUCAGGCUGGGAUUGUGAGCUGGAGAAUUGGAUGUGCCAGUAAAAUAUACCCUGGCGUCUACACUUCGGUAUCUUACUAUUCUGACUGGAUCAAAGAUGUAAUGGAGGAGAACAUGAAAAACAAAUCCAACUCCAGCAAUGUACCUGCACAAAAUGCAUCCACUCUACCAGCAUCCAGUCAAAAUGUUUCCACUCUAGUGGUACCCAUUCAAAAUGCAUCCACUCUACCAGCAUCCAGUCAAAAUGUUUCCACUCUAGUGGUACCCAUUCAAAAUGCAUCCACUCUACCAGCAUCCAGUCAAAAUGUUUCCACUCUAGUGGUACCCAUUCAAAAUGCAUCCACUCUACCAGCACCCAGUCAAAAUGUUUCCACUCUAGUGGUACCCAUUCAAAAUGCAUCCACUCUACCAGCACCCACUCAAAAUGUUUCCACUCUAGUGGUACCCAUUCAAAAUGCAUCCACUCUACCAGCAUCCAGUCAAAAUGUUUCCACUCUAGUGGUACCCAUUCAAAAUGCAUCCACUCUACCAGCAUCCAGUCAAAAUGUUUCCACUCUAGUGGUACCCAUUCAAAAUGCAUCCACUCUACCAGCACCCACUCAAAAUGUUUCCACUCUAGUGGUACCCAUUCAAAAUGCAUCCACUCUACCAGCAUCCAGUCAAAAUGUUUCCACUCUAGUGGUACCCAUUCAAAAUGCAUCCACUCUACCAGCAUCCAGUCAAAAUGUUUCCACUCUAGUGGUACCAGCACCCACUCAAAAUGCACCCAAUUUACCAGCACCCACUCAAAAUGCACCCAAUCUACCAGCACCCACUCAAAAUGUUUCCACCCUAGUGGUACCCAUUCAAAAUGCAUCCACUCUACCAGCAUCCAGUCAAAAUGUUUCCACUCUAGUGGUACCAGCACCCACUCAAAAUGCACCCAAUCUACCAGCACCCACUCACAAUGCACCCAAUCUACCAGCACCCACUCAAAAUGUUUCCACUCUAGUGGUACCCAUUCAAAAUGCAUCCACUCUACCAGCAUCCAGUCAAAAUGCUUCCACUCUAGUGGUACCCAUUCAAAAUGCAUCCACUCUACCAGCAUCCAGUCAAAAUGUUUCCACUCUAGUGGUACCAGCACCCACUCAAAAUGCACCCAAUCUACCAGCACCCACUCAAAAUGCACCCAAUCUUCCAGCACCCACUCAAAAUGUUUCCACUCUAGUGGUACCCAUUCAAAAUGCAUCCACUCUACCAGCACCCACUCAAAAUGUUUCCAUUCUAGUGGUACCCAUUCAAAAUGCAUCCACUCUACCAGCAUCCAGUCAAAAUGUUUCCACUCUAGUGGUACCAGCACCCACUCAAAAUGCACCCAAUCUACCAGCACCCACUCAAAAUGUUUCCACUCUAGUGGUACCCAUUCAAAAUGCAUCCACUCUACCAGCAUCCAGUCAAAAUGCUUCCACUCUAGUGGUACCAGCACCCACUCAAAAUGUUUCUAUUCUAGUGGUACCCACUCAAAAUGCAUCCACUCUACCAGCAUCCAGUCAAAAUUCUUCCACUUUAGUGGUACCAGCACCCACUCAAAAUGCUUCCACUCUAGUGGUACCAGUACCCUCUCAAAAUGCACCCAAUCUACCAACACCCACUCAAAAUGUUUCCACUCUAGUGGUACCAGUACCCACUCAAAAUGCACCCAAUCUACCAGCACCCACUCAAAAUGCAUCCACUCUAGUGGUACCAGCACCCACUCAAAAUGUUUCUAUUCUAGUGGUACCCAGUCAAAAUGCAUCCACUCUAGUGGUACCAGUACCCUCUCAAAAUGCACCCAAUCUACCAGCACCCACUCAAAAUGUUUCUAUUCUAGUGGUACCCACUCAAAAUGCAUCCACUCUAGUAGUACCCAUUCCAAAUGUAUCCACUCUAGUGGUACCCAUUCAAAAUGCACCCAAUCUACCAGCACCCACUCAAAAUGCAUCCACUCUAUCAGCACCCACUCAAAAUGUUUCCACUCUAGUGAUACCAGUACCCACUCAAAAUGCAUCCACUCUAUCAGCACCCACUCAAAAUGUUUCCACUCUAGUGAUACCAGUACCCACUCAAAAUGCACCCAAUCUAGCAGCACCCACUCAAAAUGUUUCCACUCUAGUGGUACCCACUCAAAAUGCAUCCACUCUACCAGCACCCAGUCAAAAUGCUUCCACUCUAGUGGUACCAGUACCCUCUCAAAAUGCACCCAAUCUACCAACACCCACUCAAAAUGUUUCCACUCUAGUGGUACCAGUACCCUCUCAAAAUGCACCCAAUCUACCAGCACCCACUCAAAAUGCAUCCACUCUAGUGGUACCCACUCAAAAUUUAUCCACUCUAGUAGUGUCCAUUCAAAAUGCAUCCAAUAUAGGAUUGUCCUCUCAAAAUGUAUCCAAUCUAGUAAUAACCACUCAAAGUGUACCCAUUCCAAUAGCACCCUGUCUAAAUUUACCCAAUCAAAAUGUAUCCAACUUAGUAGUACCCACGCUAGUAGUCCUUUUAUUGUCCAUUGGACUAUCUGUUCUUUGAUAUCUCUUUGCAUUCAGCUUUUCAAUUAAUAGAAUUUCCCAACUUUAGACUUUUAUGUAUAUGUAUACAUAAAAAGAAAAAAAUCACAAAUCUAAAGAAACAAGGAUUUACAAAACACUUUUCUAGGCUAUGUUUGCUAGUGAAAAUCAAGAUUGAUUCAUAAAAAAACUAAUUACUGAGUUUGAAAGCACUAAAAAGUGAAAUAAAGUUGCUUUAUACACAAUUUUCUUUCAAAAUUCUGUUUUAUAAUUAUUCCCUGGGAAAUUUUAUACCCACAUUUCUCUGUAUGUUUUAUUUUUCUCUGUUUUUCUCUAUACAAAUUCCUUGUGUUUG